AGAUGUUUUUAGCAUUCAGACAAUCGAUCUGAAGAAGGAUUUAUAGUCUAGUAUUUGUAUUUCUAUUGGGGAUUUAAGAUGGUGAAGCCAAUGUAUAUUGGAUUUGUGAUCAGCGUGUUACUGUUUUGUAUGGCUUAUGGGGAUUUGCAGAGCGAUGAAAAAGAAUGUGCAUCCAGUCUACAGGAUCUGCAGCCCUGUAUUGGAUUUCUACAAGGCACAGGGAAACAGCCUACAAAUGCUUGUUGUACCAAUGUUCAGAAAGUUCGUGAGAGUAAUUUAACGUGCUUGUGUCUUUUGAUAAAGGACGCUUCUGAUUCUUCCUCUGGGCUUUCUCUUAACCAGACAAGGCUUGUUCAGAUGCCCACUCUGUGUAAAGUUACAGGAAAGCUCUCUGAUUGCAUAGGCACUUUGAAAUUAUCUCCAUCUUCUCCAGAGGCCAGAAUCUUUGAAACGGCCAGUACCUCAUCCCAGUCGUCCUCCACUGGUUCACCCCCUUCUCAAACUUCGCCCCCAAAAGCAGAGAGUAACUGGAGUCAUGGGGUGGAACCAUGUAUUGGAUUUACUGUACUAGUGCUGCUGGCAGCCUUUUUGUUUACCUUAUUUUGAUUAUAGAUAUAGGAUCUGAACAGACUCUGCUGUAUAUUUUUCAUUGGUUUUUUCUGUAUCUUAUGAAGUUUCUUCUAUAAAUAUAGAAGUAAAUCUUCUGCAGCAGUUCAGUACAGUCUGCUUUUAAGGCC